AUGGCAACAACAGCCAUCAGGAAUGGCAGUACAACUGUUGCCGGAGGCAUCAAUCCAUCCUCCCGCUUCGCUGACAUUCCUGCGGCCCUCGAUAUUCCCGUCUCAGGCGGCGUUGAGGCCGAUGAAGCAGUCGAGGUCAACUUGGAGGAUCUCGAAGACCCAACUGAGCUCAUUCAGCUUCUUGAAAAUGAGAAAGCUGCGAAGAAUCUCUGGAUCACAAUCUCCCUUGCCUAUGCCAAACAAGCACAGAUCGACCAUGCAAUGGAAAUUCUGCACAAGGGCCUGAGUUCGCUGGCAAGGAGUGGCCCCAAGGAGCGCCUAAGUCUUCUCACAUGUGUGGCCUGGCUGGACCUUCUGAAGAGCAGGCAGGCCCCUCGUGUUCUUCCCGAGGUACAACAACCCUCAGACUUCAAAACGAAAGACAGCUAUCUCAAAGAAGCAACAUCGACCAUCAACGAAGCCCUCCGCAUCAACCCUGCGUUCCCUCCCCUGUACCUCACCCAAGGCGUUCUUUCCCUCCUACGAGCCUCCCUACAGUCGUCGACCAAAGCGGGCGCCGACGCUGAAAGAGCAGAGUCUCUGAAACAGGCUUUAAAGUCCUUUGAUGAUGCGCUGAGACUAUCUGAGGGCCGAAAUUUGAUGGCAAAGAUGGGCCGAGCAAGAACACUAUACCUCCAAAGACAAUUUCCGCAGGCUCUGCAAACAUAUCAAGAUGUCCUCACCAAAAUGCCAGGUCUCACUGACCCAGAUCCUAGAAUUGGAAUUGGCUGCUGUCUGUGGCAGCUGGGUUUUCGAGCGCGAGCCCAAGCAGCUUGGGAGCGCUCACUUGCCUUGAACCCAGAUUCCAAGGUGGCGAACGCACUUCUUGGGGUGUACUACCUAGCGGAGAGCGCCAAAUAUCCUGCUGGAGAUCCCGAAUUCAAUCGACUGUAUAAGAAAGCAAUGACCGAACACACCAGGAAAGCAUACAGUAUUGAUAAGAGCUUCCCGCUGAGUUGCGCUACAUUUGCAAGUUAUUUCCUUCUCACCGGUCGUUUUGACACUAUGGAACCGUUGGCACGCAAAGCUAUCGAGCAAACAGAUAUCAAUGCUAUUGCGAGUGAUGGUUGGUAUCUUCUUGCUCGCAAGGAACACAACAAAGGCGACCUUACCAAGGCGAUCGAUGCAUACAAUAAAGCAGAUCAAGCACGUGGUGGGCUAGAUCGAGGCUAUUUUCCCGCCAAAUUUGGCUUGAUUCAGAUCAUGGUUCAAACCGGGGAUAUUCAAGGUGCCAAAUUUCGACUAGAAUCCAUUGGGCAGCUCAGCCGACACACAGAGGCCAUGACUCUACUGGGUACGAUCUAUGCUGAGGAGACCUUUUCAGCUCCAAGCUCUGUAACAAAGGAGGAAAAAGCCGCAACCGCACGAAAAGCCAUUUCUUUACUGGAAAGCGUCAGAAAGAGUUGGAACGACGAAAAAUCACGCGCCAAACCUGAUGAGUCGGUCCUCCUCUAUCUUGCACGCCUUUACGAACUAGAGAACUCGGUUGAGAGUCUGAAAUGCCUGCAAACAGUCGAGAUCAUGCAAUUGGAGAAAAUUCCAGACGAAGACAAGCCUCCACAGCCAGAUGGGGAGGAGCCAGAUCUUGCGUUAAUCCGUGAAAACUUGCCACCUCAACUUCUCAACAAUAUCGCCUGUUUCCUUUAUGGUGCGGAGUCCUUCUCGAAUGCUCGUGAGACAUUCCAGAUUGCUCUCAAUGCCUGUGUCAAACUCACUGAGAAGCAAGAAGCAGAGAAGAAGGCAGUUGAGGAAGAUAAGAUUAGUGCAGAGGAUGUCGACAACAGUGAUACAGACGCACUUGUCACCACGAUAUCAUACAACCUCGCAAGAACAUACGAAGCUCUAGGUCUCGUGCCAGAAGCACAAAAGGUCUACGAAGGCCUUCUUGCUAGACAUCCAGACUAUACCGAUGCUUCGGCUCGUCUUGCAUAUAUCGCACUAGAAGAGUCGCCGCGAGAUGAAGGACCUAGGAAGGUGCACCAGGUCUACCAGAACAACCAUGCUAACACUGAAGUCCGUGCGCUGAUGGGAUGGUAUCAUCAUAGUGCGAAGAAGAAGACCAAUAACCUUGCUGAAGACACCGAAAACAGACAUUAUAAGCAUACCUUGCAGAACUACGACAAGCAUGAUCUUUAUUCUCUCACAGGAAUGGGAAAUGUUCACCUGAUAAUUGCUCGGGACAUGCCUCGAAACAACGAUGCUGAAAAAGAGAAGCGGACUAAGAUGUAUGCCAAAGCAUAUGAGUUCUUCGACAAAGCUCUUCAGCUGGACCCAAAGAAUGCAUACGCCGCUCAAGGUAUUGCAAUUGCCCUAUGUGAUGACAAGAAAGCUUAUUCGGACGCACUCCAAAUAUUCACGAAAGUAAAGGACACCGUGCGAAACGCAUCAAUUCACACCAAUCUUGGGCACGUAUUCACCGAGCUCCGUCAGUUCUCACGCGGUGUUGAACAUUACGAGUUGGCCCUCAGGGCUGAAGGACGAGGCGACAAUACACAAUUACUCGCAUGCUUAUCAAGGGCACAAUUGUCAAAGGGAAAGGCAGAUCGAUCAAUAAGCGCUCUGAAUACUGCUCUCGAAUACAUGCAACGCGCCUUGAAGACUCAACCCGACUCUCCACAUCUCCAAUUCAAUGUAGCUUUCAUUCAGUUCCAGAUUGCACAACACGUUAACCAAGCUAAAGAAACAGAUCGUACGCUUGAAGAUGUGGACCUUGCAAUCGCUGGUCUGGAAGAGGCCAUUGAAACGUUCGAGCAAGUUGCUAGACACAAGCAACCACCGUACCCCAAAUCCGCUCUAGAACAGCGAGCGGCCAUGGGCAAGAACACCAUGAGAAAUCAGCUCGAAAGAGCUCGGGCGAAACAAGCGACAUGGGAGACUGAAAAUGCCACCAAGUUGAAAGAAGCCAAAGAGAGACGCCAAGAAGAGCUCCACAGACGUGAAGAAGCGGCUCGUAAACGGAAAGAGGAAGAAGCAGACCGUGCGCGGAAGAUCGCAGAGGACAGACGCAGAAUCGUGGAAGAGACUGAGCGCAUUGCUGAAAAUCUACGGGCAGAAGCUGCUGCUCGUGAGGCUGCCGAAUACACAGAUGAUGAAGAAACGGGCGAACGUGUGAAGAGGAAACCCAAGAAAGGUGGCUCUAAACGCAAGAAGCGACACGAUGAAGACGGCUUCAUCGAGGAUGAUGGCGAUGGCUUCGACGGACGGUCUGAGCGUAGCGUUUCAAGGACACCCCUUUCAGGAUCGGAUAAUGAAGGUGGUGGAGCCUCGGAGAAACCGAAAAAGAAGAGGAGAAAGUUGGAGAGAAGAGGUGAGAAGAAGGAGAAGAAACCGCCGAGAGAGAACAGCAAAUUCAAAUCUGCAGCUGUGGUUGUUGAUUCAGAUUCGGACAACGAGUUCGAUGCUGCUGAAACUCCGGAGCCUGUGGCAGAUACUCCUGGCAGUGAUGUGGCAGACGCAGCAGAUAGGGAUGAAGAGAUGGGAGAUUCCAGGCCAUCUAGAGUCGACGAAGACGAGGAUGAAGUCAAACCAAGACAACCCACCCGGCAGCGGAAACAGCCAAGACUGAUCGCCGACGAUGACGAUGACGACGAUGAAGACGAAGCUGGGGCUGCUGAGAGAAACGGCACUGCAUCAACAUCGAGGAAUCGAGUUGUCAGUGACGACGACGAUGAGUGA